GCAGCACUGCACUUUGCGCUUCUCGGUCUUUUGUGGUCGGUGCAGUGGGGGAGGAGCGUUUGGAAUAAGGAGAAAAACUAAAAUUAGCCUCCAAUAGCCCCCUCAAAGCAGACAGGAUGAGGGAGAUCGUGCACGUUCAGGCCGGCCAGUGCGGCAAUCAGAUCGGGGCCAAGUUUUGGGAAGUUAUCAGUGAUGAACAUGGCAUUGAUCCCACUGGAACCUACCAUGGUGACACUGACCUGCAGUUGGAGAGGAUUAAUGUCUACUAUAAUGAAGCUUCAGGUGGCAAAUAUGUUCCUCGUGCUAUCCUUGUGGACCUGGAACCUGGUACUAUGGACUCUGUACGUUCUGGGCCAUUUGGUCAGAUCUUCAGGCCAGAUAACUUUGUGUUUGGGCAAAGUGGUGCUGGGAACAACUGGGCCAAAGGUCACUAUACAGAAGGAGCUGAACUAGUUGACUCUGUUCUGGAUGUGGUGAGGAAGGAGGCUGAGGGGUGUGAUUGCCUCCAGGGAUUCCAGCUUACCCAUUCACUGGGUGGUGGUACUGGCUCUGGCAUGGGCACACUCCUCAUUAGUAAAAUCCGUGAAGAAUACCCAGACAGAAUCAUGAAUACCUUCAGCGUUGUGCCUUCACCAAAAGUGUCAGACACUGUAGUAGAGCCUUAUAAUGCAACUCUCUCUGUCCAUCAGCUUGUAGAGAACACAGAUGAGACCUUCUGUAUUGACAACGAGGCUCUGUAUGACAUCUGUUUCAGAACCCUCAAGCUCACAACUCCCACUUAUGGUGACCUGAACCACCUUGUAUCAGCCACCAUGAGUGGUGUAACAACCUGUCUACGUUUCCCUGGUCAGCUCAACGCUGACCUGCGUAAACUAGCAGUGAACAUGGUCCCCUUCCCCCGCCUGCACUUCUUCAUCCCAGGUUUUGCUCCUCUGACAAGCCGUGGUAGCCAGCAUUACCGUGCCCUGACAGUACCUGAGCUUACCCAACAGAUGUUUGACGCCAAGAACAUGAUGGCAGCCUGUGACCCUCGACACGGCCGCUACCUGACCGUUGCUGCCAUUUUCCGAGGUCGCAUGUCCAUGAAAGAGGUGGAUGAACAGAUGUUGAACGUCCAGAACAAAAACAGCAGCUAUUUUGUUGAAUGGAUCCCCAAUAAUGUCAAGACUGCUGUCUGUGACAUCCCACCCAGAGGCCUCAAGAUGUCUGCCACCUUUAUUGGCAACAGUACAGCCAUCCAAGAGCUGUUUAAACGCAUCUCUGAGCAGUUUACUGCCAUGUUCAGGAGGAAAGCCUUCUUGCAUUGGUACACUGGUGAGGGCAUGGAUGAGAUGGAGUUCACAGAAGCUGAGAGCAACAUGAAUGACCUGGUAUCUGAGUACCAGCAAUAUCAGGAUGCUACAGCUGAGGAAGAGGGUGAAUUUGAGGAGGAUGAAGAAGUUGCCUAAGCAGUAUUGUGGUCAGAGCUAAAAAUUUCAUUGAGACUUGUCUAAUGUCUUUUUUCUUAUACUUUACACUAUUCAUGUGUUCUGCAUUUCUAUCUUUGAAACUGUAAAAUUUUAAUUGUAGCCUGGUGGUAUCUGCAGCAUUGACUUGCAUAAUUGGAAUCACCAUAUUCAUGUGAUACUUGUGGGUUCUGUUAAUCUUCUCCCCUUGAAAUAAACUUUCUUUUUGGAAGGAGGAGUCCUGGCAGUUGCCCCAGUUAAGAAAUUACUACCAGGUCUGCCACAUUUGACCUGGUCAAGGAACAUGGAGUUGGGAGGUUUGAUACAGACCCUUUGAACGUAACUAGUGAGAUCUACUGCCACUCAGAUGUGGAUCAAUAGCCAGGCUGAUAACCUGGUCUUGUAUCCGUAAGCAGAGCUUAAAAGUAGAGACACUGGCAUGUCUCGAAGACUGACUGCCUUUUCAUCAUGAGAUUUUUACAGUCCAUAAAUUUUAUCCACCAAUUAAGGGAGUGAUCAUUUUAAGACCUCUUGUUUUUGGCCAGAAAUCAUUGUGAAAGUGAAAAUUAUGAAGUAUGAAUCAGUGUCACUAUUGAUGCAGAAGAUUGUUGCUAUUAUACCUAUUCAGUAGGGUUGCCACAGCCUUAUUUCUUAACACUGUCAAAUAUCAUGCUGUAAAUUGGGCAAAAUAUUUCAAAGCUUUUUGCAUUUUCCUGAUUUUUCUGAAGAUGUUUGUGUUCCUAGAGCAAUCAAAUUCCAGCUGUGAACCUACCAACUCUACCUGAGUUUUCUGGCAGUGGCAGCCCUAGUGCUGUAGAGCAAACUCAUUCCAAACUUCUGCUAAGGUUGAAAGUAACUUUUGAGACAGUAACUGCCAGCACUCCAGGCAAAAUGUGCAAACAUCAUGUUUUGUUGGCAACUUCAGUGUCACUAUCCAAAUUUAAGCUGUUUAACUGAUGUUCUGAGACAUUUGUAUGGACACUGCUCCUGUAAAAUCAUGUUUGACCAUUAAACUAGCACAGCACAA